AUGAAGUGGGCAUUCUCCUUCCGGGCGGGGGGCGACCCCGACCCGGAGCCGGCAGGGAAGCCCGGCCCCCAGCAGGGGUCAGCGGCGGCGCGGGUCGCACGGGCUGCAGGCCGAGCAGGGGCCUCCGGGGCCGGCGGGAGAAGCGGUCCUUACCUGUCCCUGGGCGCGGACUGUGACUGCGGCGCCGCCCGGGAAGGGCUGGGGCGCGCGGGUCGGCCGCCGGCACCCGGACGGGCGAAGAGCGAGGAGCGGAGGGCGAGGGGCGCGGACGGCGGACUGGCUCCCAGGCUCCCGCAGGCUUGCCCGGCCGGACGCAGCAGCUCCCGGCGCCCGCAGCGGGUCGCUCAGUCACGCCGGCGGCCCCGCGGCGCGGUGGCUCACACGGAGACAGCGGGAACCGGCCCCCGAGAGGAGCCGCAGCCCCAGCGGCAGCCGAAGGAGGCGAAGGAGGGGCGGGGCCACAGGGUCGGUGACCCGCUCACCCGGAAGCAGUUGCGGCGGCGGCGGCGCCGGCGCGCGCUGCGGGACAGGCGGGUGCGCGGCCUGGCGAAAAGACUGCCGGCUCUCCCGCGGCCGGCUGCGCGGGGUGCCGGGAGCAGCAGCCCCCGCCGCGACCGCUGCGAGCUGCUGGCGCCGCGCCGGAGGGAGGGCGGCAGGGUGCGACCUCCGGUGGGCGGAGGCCCGGGCGGCCUAGAGGUGGCUUCUCGGGGCCCGCGGAGGACCGGGGACCGGGAAGGUGAACGGAGGCGGUCGCCCGCUCGAGGCUGCACCUGCCCUGAUCGCCCCUAAACUGUCCGGCCUAGUGGGCUUGGGACUGGGACCAACCUUGAGAUACGGGGAUUAUUAUACCCGUUGUCAUAAGGAAGACAUAGUCGCUGGAAGGGUCAGAAAUUAAACUCUAACUGAUGAACUCUAAUUAACUCUAGCCCUAAUUCCCCUUUUGCACCAUGUGCUAUACUCUAAUAUUUAAGAAGGAAAUAUAAGUCAAGUGUCCAGCCAAGCAGAUUUGUAUGUUGCUUUUAGAAUUUUGUUACAAAAAUAAGCUUUAAGGUCGAGUGAUACGAGGCAAUGUUGGAGCGAGCUUCUCUGCGUUUUUACUUCUCCCUCUAAAGGAUAUUUGCCAUCUAUUUGACACCAAAAAACAACUCUACUUGUUUUAGGAGUUCAGAAUGCCAUGUGUCUUUUGGUUGGUUGGUGGUUUUAUGUGAGCAGAAGAGAGCGCCAGCAGGGGAAGGGCAGAGGGAGAGGGGGAGAGAAUCCUUAAGCAGGCUCCAAGCUCAGUGUUGGAGCUUGAGCUCCAAGCUCAAGACCUUGGGACCAUGACCUGGCGGAAAUGAAAAGAGUCAGGCGCUCAACCUGCUGAGCCACCCAGGCACCCUCGCCCUGUGUCUUUUAAAUGCUCCCAAUAAUGUGAUAAAUGAUGACACUAACAUUAUGUCAUUGCAAGGGGCUCCUGCCCAACUGUGUCAGUCUGCAUUCUUUCACAAGUAGCCUUUCCUUGCACACAAAGUGACUUCUUUCUGCCAAAAAUACGUUCCCAGAUUUUUAUGGAAUAUUCUGACAUGUGAAUGCCCCCAGGUCUGUGUAGGCUGGCUGCUCUAGAGACAUUUAACGGAUGAAGGAAAAUCUUGCAAGUGUUUAUAUGGUUUUGAGGAAUGAGGUAGUAGGAUUUGUACAUUUUUGUUUCGUUCCUAUCAGAUCCUUCACGUUUUUCUUUGAUGAUGUCAAGAAAUAAAACUUUUCCUUUCUCAAGA